CCAGGUAAAUAAAGAACAAGAAUUUUUCCUUAAAAUAAACAUAAUAAAAGCAUUUUUCCCUUUAAAAAAAUUCCUAAAACCAUAGAAAUUAACUUCUUUUUAGAAGAAAAAAAGAAACCACAUUAAAAUGAUGGUGGUUUAAAGGGUUAUUUUUUUUCUCCAAAAAGUAGAAUUCCAGUGUACUUAUUUUUCUGCCUGAAAAAAAGGCCAAAGUAUAUGAUAAAGAAUUUUCUUAGCCUCAGAAUAUCAAAAACAUGUCCUCAAAAUCCCCAAUAAACAUGGAUAAUCUAUUUUCUUCCUGAUUAAAAAAAAAACAAAAAAACAAAAAAAACAAAAAACCGAAAAAGGGGAUCUAGAAUUAAAAAUAUUUUUAAAAGGACUUUUUCUUUAAAAAAAUUAAAUCAGGCUAUGAAAGUUGAAAGUCUGGAAAGGGGAAAAAACCCCACAUAGGGUGAGGAGGGAUCCAGAGGUGUCUCCAGAACCCCAAAAUUGUUCAAAAAAAGUCUUCACUCUGCUUAAAAAAAUACAUUUGGAGGAGCCCAAAAUCCCCAACACAUGACUAAAUUUCCCUUUCUAAAGAAUCCUGAGAUAGCUCAGAGAGAUUGGAUGGGUGGAAAAUUGGCAAAUUAUAUGUUUCCGUAUUUUUUGUUUUGAUAAAAAAGAGCAGCACUAGGCAAAAGCCAGCAUUUGAGGGUGUUUGAGCUCAUUUUCAGGCUGCAGCUCUUAACUUCAUGAAAAUCCAGUUAUUUUAGGGAGAGGGAUGUCACCCUUUUUCUUCCUCCUGAUUUUAGGCUCCAUGGUUGACACCAAAACCUCAUCUGAAAAAGGAUCCCUGCUCUAUCCCUAUGGACCACAACAGGGGGAUGAAACCAACCCCAAACACGAUGAUGGGACAUCCGAGGCAAUCACCCUCUCCGUUCCCUUCACCUUCUACAGCAAAACCUACCAAACGGUGUUCGUGAACAAUAAUGGGGUGAUCUCCUUCAACGAGCCUGUCAGACAAUACACCCCUGACCCCUUCCCUUUGGUGGACGGGCACCCUUUUGUGGCUCCGUACUGGGCGGAUGUGGACAACGUGCUGGGUGGGGACAUCUUCUACCGCCAGACCACCAACCCGGCACUACUGGAGGUCAUCAGCCAGGACAUCACCCAGUACUUCCCCAAAAACCCCUUCACGGCCACCUGGGCUUUGGUGGUCACCUGGGACCAUGUGGCCUACUAUGGCUCCAUCUCUGAAAAGGGCAACACUUUCCAGGCUGUGCUGACCACUGACUCCAAGAUGUUCUACGUCACCUUCAACUAUUGGGACAUCCAGUGGACCACAGGGGCAGCGAGUGACGGGGACGCUGAAACAGGACUCGGGGGGAUCCCAGCACAUGCAGGAUUCAAUAGCGGUGAUGACACCAACUUCUACAACAUUCCCGGAUCCCAAACUGAUGCCAUCAUCAACAUCACCACCACCUCCAAUGUCAAGGUCCCGGGACGCUGGGUCUUUCGGGUGGAUGACUUCCAGGUGACAGGUGUGGAUCCUCCCCAGCUGAACAAUGACUGCUGGUUGUGAACUGAGGGGAGUGGGCUGGAGGGACAUCACCACUGCCACUGUGAUCACAGAUGAAGUCACUAUGCAGGUGAAGAUCAUGCCAACCUCUGUCAGAGUAAUAAAAUUGCAGCCAAGACGUUGCAUUGUCCAUGUCCUUGUCAUUGUCAUUGCGCCAAUGGUGAUGUUAUCACACUUACGUCACCAUCGUCCUCACUGUCUCCACAGCUGCAGGGGAUCUGAGGGGUUUGGGUGUGAAAUGUGACAGAAUUCAUCCAAUUUUGCUUUUUUGGGUGUUAAUUUCUGUGUUAAUUUCUGGGGUCUUGCACAAUUUGAAGUCACAUGGCAGCUGUAUGCAGGAGAGACACAACCCACAACAGACAUCUUGGCACAUACCUCCAAAAAGGCUGCACCUACAGCACACUUGGACAUCACAAGACACACAAAACAUAUAAGACACAACUCUACCCCUCCCUCCGCUUGACUCCUACUCACAGAAUCACAGGAUCAUUAAGGCUGGAAGAGAACUCCAAGGUCCUCAAAUCCAACCUUUGACUGAACACCCCAUGUCAAGCAGACCACAGCACUGAGUGCCAUGUCCAGGUGUUCCUUGAACACUCCAGGGAGGGUGAUUUCACCACCUCCCUGAGCAGACCAUUUCAAUGCCAAAUUACCCUUUCUGUGAAGAAAUUCUUCCUGAUGUCCAGCCUGAACCUAGACUCACUCCUAGCUGACAACAACUUCUUCUCCAGGUAAUUGUAGAAAGGGAUAAAGUCACCUCUGAUCCUCCUUUUCCACAGGCUGACCCCUCCCCCACCAAGCUCCCUCAGCUGGUCCUGGUUCUCCAGACCCUUGGCCAGCUCUGUUCCCUUCUCUGGACACAUUCCAGCCUCUCAAUGUCUUUCUUGCCAUGAGGGACCCAAAACUACCCCCAGGAUUUGCAGUGUGGCCUCAGCAAUGCCAACACAGGGAUGGUCAUUGCCCUGCUCCCGCUGUCACACCAUGGCUGUGACAGCCAAGGGGCCAUUGGCCUUCUUGGCCAUCUGGAGCACCUGGCUCAGGUUUUGCUGCUGUCAUGAGCACCCCCAGGGCCUUUUAUAAUGAGCAGCUUUCCAACCACUGUGCCCAGCUGGGAGCUGCAGAGGUUGUUGUGACCCAAGGGCAGGAUCUGGAACUUCCCCUUGGUGCACCUCAUGGCAUUGGCCUGGGACUAUUGAUCCCAUCAAUUCAUCAAUUCCCACGAAAUGCAUUUUUUAAAAAAAAUUCCCUCCCUCCCCUUCCUGUUUUUCCCUUUUUCCUCCUUUUUUACCCCAAUCACACACUCAAUUUCUCAAAAAAAAAAAAAAAAAAUACACUAUUUUUGCUCCCUCACUUCCUUGUCAUUAUGGAAUAAUUUAAACCACAUUGG